AAAAUUAAACAUUGAAGCCCGUAAUCACAUUUGGCAACAAUGCGUGGAUCUGGAAGAUGCAAGUGAAGCACGAUGAUGAACACCGAAUUAUAGUCAGAUUCAGAAUCAGAGUUCAACACAAGCUAAUUCAGUUUCUUUCAUUUCAUCCAUAGAUUCAGAGCGAGAGAUAAAGAGAGAAAAUGGUGAGGGAAGUUUCAGAAAGUUGCGUUGAUAGCUUAAUGACGGAGAUGGUUGCGUGCUAUUGCAAUCGAUUCUAUGCCAACAAACCUGAACUCGCUGCCCGUAGGAUCGAAGCCAUUGGUUAUCAGGUCGGUCAACAGCUCUCUGAAAGAUAUACGAUGGAGCGGCCUCGGUUUGGUGAUCAUUUGGAGGCAAUCAAGUUCAUUUGCAAGGAUUUUUGGUCUGAAGUAUUUAAGAAGCAGAUAGACAAUUUGAAAACUAAUCAUAGGGGCACCUUUGUAUUGCAAGAUAAUAAAUUUCCCUGGCUUGCACGGAUGUCGGUUGAUCCAUCUGCUGAUAAUGUUAGUUCAGUUGAGGAUUAUUCUGCACCUACAGCUGAAACUAAGGCAGCACAUGCAAUGAGCAUGCAUUUAUAUUUCCCGUGUGGGAUCAUUAGAGGAGCUCUUUCCAACUUGGGAAUUCCCUGUGCAGUUUCUGCAGACAUAUCAAGCCUUCCAGCAUGUUCAUUUGUGGUCCGCAUAAAAGCUUGAAAAGUUCGAUUGUAUUACUGUUGGGAAGCAUGAAUGUUGUUCAGAAUGAUCAUAUGAUGUCUGCAACUGUGGUCUUGUCUCAAAUUUGCUGGAGUGGGGAACGUUACUUUAUCAUAUCAUAUUUAAACUAUCAUAUACUAUUGACUUGAUUGUAUAGAAAGAGCUCCUGAUGAAGUGUUUCGAUAAACGAGGUCUUGGUUCUUUUAGAUACAGAUUCAUUGGAGAUUAUGUUAGCAUGGUGUUUCAGUCACAUACUAUGGUGAAUGGUAGAAAGACGAUGAGAAUUUCAGUCAUUGUAAUGUUGUUGUUAUUCCUCUUGUAUGGAAUGAAUAUGCUGCCAUUUAUUUGAAAACUUUUUGUUCCUUGAUCAUCAA